CACCAAGUGUAACAUCCUCCAUGUAUGUCCCCCAACAAAGUACAAUCAUGACCUCACCACCAUUUAAUACAUUGUCAUCAUUAGGAUCAACUAAGAGUUCUAUUACAGCAGCCUCUUCAGAAACUAGUUUAUCAAAUACAGCUACUUCAUCAGCUUCAGCUACUUUAUCACCUGCUACUUCAAUCACUACAGCGAACUCAUCAGCUUCUGUUCCAAAUAGUUCAUUUCCAACAAAUGCUCUUACUGUAGCAUCUUCAUCAUCUCUGAGCACAAGUUCUCCUAUGUCUACAACAGUGCCCUUCUUUCUCAAUUUCACAAUCACAAACCUGAAUUUCAGUCUUAGCCUGAACAAUGCAUCUUCUGCUCUUUACAAAAAUGUAUCAGCCACCAUAGCAUCACUGAUUGACAACAUUUUUGUGAAAAGUCCAAUAAGCUCCUACUAUGUGAAUUCCUCUGUAUUGGGGUUCAGUCCUGCCAAAAAACAGCCACACACUACAGUCAGAAUUAUCCUCUACUUCAGACCAUCUAUUGAGAAGGCAAACCUUCAGUCAGCGGAUAUAUAUGAAACCUUAAAGAACUUUACAAACAACUUUCAGACUCUGGGCGAUUACAAACUUGAUCCAAAUAGUGUUUUUGUGGAUGGAUAUCAAACGACAGCCAACGCUAUGAGUACAACUGCAAUGAUGACAACAACAACAACAGCCACAAAUAAAAGCUCAACUGCGACAACAGUAAUAUCAACCAAUGUGCCUACCUGGAAACCUGGUUAUGUGAUGUUUACAGUACAGUUCAGAAUCAUAAACCGAAAUUUCAGCCAAGACCUGAGUGAUCCCAAAACAUCUUUGUACAAACAGAUGGCAUACAAUAUCACUAUAGAGAUCACCGUUUUGUUCACGAAUAGCUACUUGAGUAGCAACUUCAAGUAUGUUACAGUAACAAAUUUCAGAAAAGGCUCUGUGAUUGUGGGCUGCUCCUGUGUCUUCUCCCCAGGCAGUGAUGUCAACAGCACUGCUGUCAAGAAUAUAUUUGCAGAAGGAACCAACUCUACAAAUCUUCUGGGUGGACUGUAUCAACUGGAUCCAAACAGCUUGUUUGUUGAAGAAGUGAUCCCUGUUGUGCAGCUGGGGUAUUCAUUUCCAUUUUGGGCCAUCAUCAUCCUCUCCUUGCUCAUUUUUCUGAUUAUGUGUUUGUUAGGCAUGUUCUUGUAUAUGAUCAUCAUGAACAGAUGGUAUCAACGAACGGGAUCCUAUCACAUAAUGCCACCACCAAAGAUGAUGUACUAUAGUCACAUAGCAUAAGGAACUCAAAAAAGAGGGCAGGUGACAAUAGGGUGGGGCAUUCAACAGAUGUUUCAAAAUAGUCACCAUAUGUGUAUAUACAGUAUAACAAAGAGGAAAUUUCUAUAAUAUGAAUAAAAAUAGAGAAAGAAGCAAAAUCCAUACUCAAACUAGCAUUACCGUAUUGCUAAAUCAGGGAAUUACAUUUAUAUUUCUUGCAAAUUUGUGUAGAAAUGCUGAAAAUAUAAACUCAUAUUUGUAUAUAAAAUUUCUAAUAUAUUUGAUAUAUUAAACUAGCUAUAAUAUAUGAACUCAGUAUAUGAAGCUAUGAUUGUUCUCCAAGAGUUUUAAUAAAUUAUGGCUGAUGAAAAUGUGCCUAAAUCUGAUCCUUUCACACAAAAGAAAUCCUAAUACAGCUAAAUUGUAAACUUUCAUAUUAAGAUUUUUGUACAU